AUGGGCCAAGAAGUUCUACUAGAGCAGGAUAUGUCAGUUCUCAUACGCCAAUCUAUGGAAGACGGAAAUGAUAAGGGACAUUCGGAGGUUGAUAUUCCAAACGACACUGAAGUGGAGGCAUUCAUUGGGAUGAAAAUGGAGGACUUGGGCCAAUACACGCUGGAUCCGGAAGCGCAUGAGGAGCAAAAGGAGCAGAAAGAGAGAGAAGCUAAGGCGGAGAGGAUUGCUACGGAAGAGAAGCCCCUGGUGGACGAACUUGGUCUCUCUCGGAAGCCUGACUUCGGUGUGUGA